AUGCGCCGCUGUAUCACGCGGGGAAAAUUUACCGCACAAAGGAGUCCGGAAUCGGCGGAUUUUUUAUCGAGAAAACUUUUUUUUUUUUGCCCGUUAGGGCUUCACCCAUGCGCAUCUUGCCUGCGUCUUCCUGUUUCAGCGAAGUAGCGGUUGCUGCCUCUUCCUUCCUCGGUGUAUCUUUUGAGCAUCUACCGCUGGCCGCCGGUGAAAGGGUUGAGCAAGUGGCAUGCCUGAAUUGGAAAAAACGUAACACAGGAGAGGACUUGGUAAACUUGCAGUUGCUAGUGAGGCUACCGAUGACCCACGAACUAUAGUUUGAGUUAGGACGGAUCUAAAGCCCCGAACUGCAUUAAAAGCCGCUUCCCGCUUCUGGAGGAGAAACCUCGCCGGCACUACGGAGAACCGAGCGGCUAAGGGGCAGUCGCUACUAGCAGCCAUGAUUGCAGCAGCCGGCUUGACACCAUCCUCCACCGUAACACCUACUGCCCAGCAUCGCCACCACCACCUUUGCAGACCCCAUUCUCUCUCUAUCAGAGCCGCCUCCGCUCCUGUUGCUCCGCCACCACAAAGGUCACAAGCGCCGCCGUCCCAAACAGAGAACCUCAACAAGUACAGUAGCAGAGUCACCCAACCCAAGUCCCAGGGCGGGUCUCAGGCCAUCUUGUAUGGCGUCGGCCUCUCUGACGACGAUAUGAACAAGCCCCAAGUGGGGAUAUCGUCCGUUUGGUACGAGGGGAACACGUGCAACAUGCACCUGCUUCAGCUCGCAGAGGCCGUGAAGGAAGGGGUGAGGGAAGCCGGGUUGGUGGGGUUUCGGUUCAACACCAUCGGCGUCAGCGACGCCAUUUCUAUGGGGACUAGAGGGAUGUGUUACAGCCUGCAGUCGAGGGAUCUUAUCGCCGAUAGCAUCGAGACAGUGAUGUCUGCGCAGUGGUAUGAUGCCAACAUCUCAAUUCCAGGGUGCGAUAAGAAUAUGCCAGGUACAAUAAUGGCUAUGGGGCGUCUUAAUCGGCCUGGUAUUAUGAUUUAUGGUGGAACUAUCAAGCCUGGGCACUUUCAGGGAAAUACUUACGACAUUGUUUCUGCCUUCCAGUGUUAUGGUGAAUUUGUUAGCGGUUCAAUCAAUGAUGAUCAGAGAAUGAAUGUUGUUCGCAAUUCAUGCCCUGGUGCAGGAGCUUGCGGUGGCAUGUAUACAGCCAAUACCAUGGCAUCUGCUAUUGAAGCUAUGGGCAUGAGUCUUCCAUACAGCUCUUCAACACCAGCUGAAGACCCAUUAAAACUAGAGGAAUGCCGUUUAGCUGGUAAAUAUGUGUUGGAGUUGCUGAAAAUGGACUUGAAACCUAAAGAUAUCAUAACCCCAAAGUCAUUACGCAAUGCAAUGGUCAUUGUUAUGGCUCUAGGUGGAUCCACGAAUGCAGUUCUACACUUGAUUGCCAUUGCUAGAUCUGUUGGCUUGCAACUUACUCUGGAUGAUUUCCAGAAAGUUAGUGAUAGUGUACCAUUCCUUGCUGAUCUCAAGCCUAGUGGAAAGUAUGUUAUGGAGGAUGUGCACAAGAUUGGGGGAACACCUGCUCUUAUCCGCUAUCUCUUGGAACAAGGGCUUUUGGAUGGGGAUUGCAUAACUGUAACUGGGAAGACUCUGGCGGAAAAUGCUAAGAUAGUUCCUCCCUUAUCUGACGGUCAGCAAAUAAUAAGACCGCUGGAGAACCCUAUCAAGACAACUGGUCACAUCCAAAUACUAUAUGGGAAUCUAGCACCAGAGGGUUCUGUGGCAAAAAUAACGGGGAAAGAAGGCCUCUACUUCUCAGGUCCUGCUCUGAUUUUUGAAGGAGAGGAGUCUAUGCUUGCUGCUAUAUCUGAGAAUCCUCAAAACUUUAAGGGUAAGGUUGUUGUUAUUAGAGGAGAAGGACCCAAGGGCGGGCCAGGAAUGCCUGAAAUGCUUACACCAACAAGUGCAAUAAUGGGUGCUGGUUUGGGAAAGGAUGCUGCCUUAUUGACUGAUGGGCGGUUUUCAGGAGGGUCACAUGGUUUUGUUGUUGGUCAUGUAUGCCCCGAAGCACAGGAAGGUGGUCCAAUCGCUCUGAUAGAAAAUGGAGAUGUGAUAACGAUUGAUGUGCAGAACAGAAGAAUAGACGUCCAUUUGACAGAUGAAGAGCUAGCACAGAGGAAAAAGGAAUGGAAUGCUCCUCCAUACAAGGCCGAUCGAGGAGUUCUUUACAAAUACAUCAAGAACGUGAAGCCUGCAUCACAGGGUUGCGUGACAGAUGAGUGAAAUUUUUGUUUUUCACAUGAUAAUGAAGAGGGGAUGCAACAAUCGUCGUAGGAGGCUAGGAGAAAAGCGCAGGCUAAGUUUGCUUUUUCUAUUGGUGUACGAGAAAAUACUACACCGUCAGAGUUUUUGGCUGGCUUGCAAUUGAGCGUCUUUUCCAGUAGAAUCAGACUUUAUACUGCCUGAACAAUUUUGGUAUGCAAGACAACAGGUCAUGGUGCUCCUUCAAUUCUGUAGCUUUUCUGCAACAUAUUUCUGAUUCUGUACUGUGGUUUCAGCUUUUGGAUUUAGCCAGAAAGAUCUUACUAGACGAUGUUUUGUUGCUGGAGGGUGCAGACCAUUAGGAAUGAUCAUAUUAAACUUGUGACUUCUUUAUUAAGCA